AGACAACAAGACAGCAGUGCACAAGUAAUAAAAUAUGGGUUAGUAGAAUAAGGCCAUGGGUAAAGACUCCUUUAUUGCCCAUAUAUAUGUGCAUAGUGACAUGCUGCAUAGGUGCACGUGUGUCUUUCUGUGCUCAUCACACAUAGAAAGAGAAUGAAUGUGUUUGACUGGAGAAUUAUUGAUUUCUUGCUAACUAAUGUUGAAAUCACUAAUGUUUUGCUGCGUGGUCAAGAAGUGCCGCCAAGUGUCGUCACCCUUCGCGCGCACAAACACACACACACACACGCUGUUCUAGCUGUGACAGAGGGGCAUGUCUCAAGGAUGUCAGGGGUGUGUCCGUGGUCAGAGUCGCAGUAUAAGACACAAGCAGGUACAUUGAACUUUCCAUUCAGCUACACUCAACUUCUUCAGCUGUGACUGGACUUUUAUUAAGUGUUAACUGGAGACAGCUGUUAGAAAGAUAGAUUUGAGUUUGCUCUAAAUCAGCUCUUUUAGCAGCAUACCGCUCAUCCUUGCUGAGUUGCCACGGCAACUGUGCCAAUCAGCUGCAAGUCUGGGAUCAUAUGAACAUAGUAGAAUACAUUGAAGAAGAUGAGGAACCACCUUUGCAGCUCAGCUCUUGUCCUUCUCACGGUGUUUGGCUGUGGGGGGACUGCAGCAGUGCAGUGUCGGUGGGGGGAAGGAUGCGCGUGUCUGCGAUGCCCUGCUGGCCAGGAGCCUUCCAUGGCUUGCGGUCGGAUCCAGAGGCCGACGGAGGAAGUGCAAUGUCAGCUGUGCCCUCCUGGGAGCUUUUCAGCCACACUGGACGCUGAGCUUUGCCGGCCACACGCGUCCUGCGGGACGCUGGGCCGUAAGGUUGCAACCCCUGGCACUGAGACCUCAGAGGCCGUCUGCGGGGACUGCCUGCCCGGGUUUCACUCCGCUGCCACAGAGGAACUCUCCACCCAAAGGCCGUGCGUGAAAAUUUUGCGUGCCCGAGCGGUGCGCACGGUGGGUAAAGGUUCACCCGGCGCCGCGGUAGGGCCGGUCAACGGCACGGUGGCGAGAAGCGCCGAGGAGAAGACCGCAGAGUACGCCGUGUUCGCCUUGGUUCCCAUCUUCUGCGUGAUGGGCCUGUUGGGUAUCCUCAUCUGCAACAUCCUGAAGAAGAAAGGAUACCGCUGCAGUGCUGACAAGGAGGGAGGAGAUGAAGAAACUGCCACACCGCAGAAAGAAGGUAACAAUUGUCCCUACAUAUCCGAUGACCUGAAUGAAGACACCAUCAGUGUUCUGGUCCGUCUCAUCACUGAGAAGAAAGAAAAUGCUGCUGCGCUGGAAGAAUUGCUGCUGGAGUACGAGAGCAAACAGAUGGCCUCGAGCAAAGCCUCGUCAAUCAAGUUCCCCAUGCUGUCUCCCCUGUCCACGUUCCGCUCCCUCCCCAGGCUGUGCCCCCAUCAGUCCCACCUUCACACCAUCUCUGGCCUCUCCGGCCUGGCCCCCAGACACGGCUACCGCUGCACCCGCUGCGCCCAGAAGAAGUGGCCCGCUAUCCUCAUACCUCCCCUGGAUUCCCUCAGAGAUCCCCUGAAGUGUCCCCAGAGCCUGAUCCUGCCCUCCCUGGACAAACAGCCAGACCAGCAGAAGAGGCCCCUGCUGGGGGAGGUGUUCGGCGACACCCACCACACGCAACAUGUUGUGCCAAAUACUGUGCCGGAACAGAUGGAAGGGAGCGAAGUGAAGGAGAAGGAGGGAGAGCUGACUGUGUUGUCCGUGGGGAGGUUUCAAGUCGCUCAGAUCCCCGAGCAGAAGCCCCUCAAUGCCGAAACCAAAUCAUCAACCCAGGAGCAACGCCACUCGCUCUUUGGAGGGAAACCGUUCUGUUCGUCUUCAUCAACGGGCAUCAGCAGGUACAACGCGCAACACACAUUUUGUCGCUUUCCCUUUCUGCUUCCAUCCCAUCACUCACCGUAUUAACUCUUCUCUUCCCUACGUCUUUGUACUGAUGCGACUCGUUUUUACAGGUUAAAGCUCACAUUCUUUCAGAAGUGGAUUACCUGCUCUGUUUCUCUUGGAAAGGAUAUUACAAAGAGUAUGAGCACUUAAUCAAGGAACUGUCUCUAAAAUAAUUUUGAAUUAUUCUGAAUUAAGGGGAGACGGGCACGACGGCGCCGGCUGCAGGGGGUCGGGCAGCUUGAACUCCGGUGGGCGGCCCGGAGACUGAUCAGGCGGCCCGGGGAGCCUCCGGGGGACGGCACGGUGGACGGACAGGAGCCGGGCUCGGAGGCGCCGUCUGCUGGGGGUGCGAUUCGGAGAUAGGCGUACUGGGGUGGGAGGUCGCUGCGGCUCAGGGGGAACGCGAGUGGUCGCGUGGUCGGUAGGUAGAGGCAGGACUCAAACGCAGAGUUGAAAACAAAAAAGGACUAAUAGUCAAAAUUCGAAAAAGGGCAAAACGCAGACGGGAACCAGGAAUAGGCAAGUCAUGCACCAUCAUGAAUAUAAGCGGAUUCUGGUUAAACUGGAUAUAAUAUACAUGCUGUUUUCCCCUGCAAUUUGAGUUU